AUGCCGGACGGAGAUGGACGACAACCUCCGGGGGGAUCAGGUCAGGGUGUCCCUCCCCCCGGGGAAGGCGUGACGGACGGAGGAGGGAGCGAUUCUUUCUUCGUCAACGAUGCACGAGACCGAGGGGGUGCGCGAGCGGCAGGAGGGGAAGAUCAGCGCGACACGAUGCGUGAGCUGGUUGACCUCUUCAAGCAGGCCUUCGCGAUAUCAUCUCAUGACCAGGGGCACCGUGCCCACUCAGGCACGUCUAGCAAUCAGAUUUUAGAACUAAGGCAGAGAGAAACGAUAGAUGUACCAGCAUGGAGUGAUGACUAUCUGAAGAACAGAUCGAUCGAAGUUGCAUUGCGAGUGUUCACGAGUGCUUUUGAAGCGUGGCUGGAGAGUGAGGGACUUGCUGGUGUGAUGAGGAGUUCAGAGGUCCCUGUUGGGGCAGCUGGUGUGGAUUUGAACUGGUUGAGCAGCACGUUCGGAGAGGAGAGAGCGAAGCAAUCCAGGAAGAUUUGGACGUUUAUGCUAGCUAAGAUCACAGCACAACGCGUACAAGCCCAAAUCUUGGCAUCAGAAUCACCUCAAGCAGGGUACCGCGUGUUUCUCGAACAAUACAGCCAGGACAAGAUUCAGGAGCGACAAACUCUUGACGACGCAUGGAACGCAAUAGGCCAGAGGCAAGGAGAGAGUCCUAUGGACUAUUACGGCAGGGCAGUUGCGCUGUGGCUGAGACUUCGAUCGUAUGGUGAUAAGUGGGAUGAAAAAUCGAUGUGCAGGCACAUAGUCCGGGGAUUUAUCCCAACGUUUGACAAAACUAAAGACCGUCUUCUGUUUGAUUCGAUGUUGUCGAAGGCUACAAUACAGGAGAUGCUGAGGUUGGAAAAGCACGAGCUGAGGUACGAGCGGAGACAUGGAGAGGGGAAGGAAGAGAUGAGACACGCCCUCGUCGCUGCCGGCGUGGGCCGGGGCGGCGGGGCGGGGAAACCAGCCGCUGCAGGAUCGGAGCAAGGCGGAGAUCGACUCCAGCAACCACAGGGGUCGGUGCAGCCACAUCAGCAACAGCCAUCGCAUUUCUGCCAGCUCCACGGCCCCAACAGCACCCACGAGACCUCCGAAUGUCGCAAGCUACGCCACGAAUUCCUCGCCCACUACAACGAGUUCUGCGCGUACAUGAGCGGGAGGCGGGAGGCCCAGGGGUCGGUCUUCCCUCGAGGCGGAGCUCAAGACUCGGGGCGGAUGGUUGGUGGCCCAUCUCGACAGCAGCCGUACCAAAACGAACAAGGUGCGGGCUGGAGUCGGGGCCACUCUCCAGCGCUGCCGGGACCGCCGCGUGGGCCAGGAUCCGGAGCUGGAGGACAACUGCAGGGGCGCAACCCUGGGGGGCGUGGGUAUGGUGGAUACGGUCCUUGCCCCCCGGAGAGCCGAGGUCGUCAGGUGGGCGGCCGUGGUGGCGGCGACAUCACCUCGGGAUGGGAGGCCACGACAGCGCCAGGGUCGACACCCAGCUGGACUCCACCACCUCCUGAGGCAGGCUACGGGUACGGGCUCGCGGCUCGCGGAGUGGACCAUGGCGGAGGUCCCUACGGCAGCGCCGCCAGCGGGGGAUACGGUUUCCACCAAUUGCCCGUCGGCGGAGGGCUCUACCAGCAGCAAGAAGUGAGCAAUGUACCACACUAUCCUUCUGCUGCCGGACCGGACGCCCAACAACCGCGAGCCUACGAGGUCUUCGACACCUCGCAGCAGCAACCGCAGCAGCAGCACCACGGUGCACCUCAGACGACCUCUUCCUCCUCCUCUCCCUCUCCAGCUCCAGGCGACGCUCUACCUCCAGCCGGCGAUUCCCCCCUGCAUCUCUUCAUGGCACGUGGCGUGUGCCCUCAUGGCAAGUCUGAGAUUGAUCUUGAGAAGGAUGUUGGUUUUUCGAAGUCUGACGUGUUCANUCUCCCUCUCCAGCUCCAGGCGACGCUCUACCUCCAGCCGGCGAUUCCCCCCUGCAUCUCUUCGUGGCACGUGGCGUGUGCCCUCAUGGCAAGUCUGAGAUUGGUUUUGAGAAGGAUGUUGGUUUUUCGAAGUCUGACGUGUUCACGAGUGCGGAGUCUCAUAUGUCAAUGCCUGGUGUUCCCCGCGUGCCUGCUGUGCAUGAACGUACUGAUGAUGAGUUCGGUGUCUCGAAGUUUGGUGUGUCUACUCAUGACAUACCCCGCGUGCCCGCGGUACUUGAGAGUCCUGAUGAAGUGGUCGGCUUUCCGGAGUGUGAUGCAUCUGUCCCUGCUCCACCAAGUGUGCCUGGAAAGCCGCGAUGGAUUCCGAUCUAGAAACUNCCAAAUCGGAGCCGACGGGAAACAGAAGGAUUUGGACGUCACUGUGCCAGUAGUUUCGUUUGUACCCGGGUGUGGUUUCAACCUUUUCUCGGUAUGGAAGGUGUCUCACAAGCAUGAGGUCCGUAUCAACCCCAACCGUGCGCAAAUGAUGCACGGAAAACUGCGAUUUAUUCGUGGCGUUUCGAGCAAUUCCCUUAUUGCAACCCGCCUUCCCCACAAAUCCCUGCCUUCUAUGGACGUUGCGAAUGAGAGUGCCCGUGAGAGUUCUUUUUCCUUUGUGGCAUUGGCUCUUACAGCCGCGAUGGAUUCCGAUCUAGAAACUCCCCGUGUGACGGAUGCUGUAGCGGAAUACUCGGCGAAGAUGAUUGAUGUGUGGGAGAGUGAAGCGUGUGAACGCGCUAUGGCUGUGAUGUGUCCGGGGAAGACACCUUUCAAUGUCGGCAAUGCACAAAAGGUUAUGGAUAUUAACACGUUCCACAACCGUGCCGGCCACUUGUCCAAACCCAUUUUGAGACUGUCCGCGAAGCAGCACGGGAUUACCCUCACAGGCACGAUGGACAGCUGUCGAUGGUGCUUGCCGGCGCGUAGGAAGAAGGCGGCGGUGCCGAAGCAGGGGGGCGGGUACCGCGGCAAGAGGGCGCCGAACGACGUGUUCCACAUCGACCUCUGCGGCGCGUACACGGCGGCGAUCGGUGGCAACCACUAUAUGCUCUUCGGUGUGGACGCCGCCACGGGAUGGAUGGUCUGUUACGCCAUGCGGCGUAAGUCGGAGGCGCUAGCGGUCGUCAAGCGCAUGGUCGUGGAUGCCGCCCACAUGGCUGGUACCGCGAUCAAGUGCAUCCGCUGCGACUGCGAUGCCCUCUGGACCAGCAGCGACUUCAAGGAGUUCUGUGCCAGCAUGGGGAUCGCGCUCGAGUACUCCCUUCCCGACGUGCAGCAGUACGACGGCGUCGCCGAGAGCGCCAUCCAGAGGGCCGUGCCGUGCUUUUUCCUCAACGCCGGGGACAACUACGCCGACGUCACCGUUAAGGUGCUCAACGAGGACCGGCCACGUGUGCAAUCUUCAAAUGUAGCGUGGGCGGCACUCCCGCCGUCGGGGGGGGGGGGGGGCAAUGCUUCACCAACCCCCUCCGCGGGGACUCUACCCACGCCCCAGCAUCUACCCUUCGAGAUCGUCGCUUCGCCGCCGCCUUCGUGGCCCCCGUUGUGGCCCGCGCCUUCGCCUGGUGCUGCCGCUCCACCGCUUCCGAGGCCGCCCGCGUCAUCGACAUCCGCCUCUUCACCGCCGCCCGCUGCUGUUGCCGCCGCCGGACCGUCGCUGUCGCCGUCGCCGCCGCUCCCGGACUGGUCGUCCUCAUCCAUUGAGGCUGAGCAGUCCCCGCCGCAACCGCACCAAGACCGGCGGACCACACAGUCGGCGACCGCACCGGGGUACGCACCUCUCACGCCCCAUGCUUCGAGACUGCUCGGCGAGGGGGGAGAUCCGCGGAUCCGAGGACGCACGAGAGCGGAAGCGCGCACCAUCGCCCAGCAACAGCUUUCUGCCCUAUCGGUGGACCGGCAGUUGCCAUCACUGCAGGACGAUGCCGUCACCACGCCUCUCCCUCCGACCGAGAUCACCAUGGGGCUGCUGGCUCAAGCAACCGAAGACGUCCUUCUCUCCAUGCUGGAUGCUCGGCGAGUCGUGAACGGCAAGACAGUGCUCCGGCCAGGAUUGGAGGGGGGCGGCGAGAAGGGGGGCGGAGGCGAGCAGCUCGCGAAGAGUGAGGGGGUGAGAGAGAGCAAGGGCAAUUUGCCGGAGGUGGACACCGGCGAGGGGGGACGCAUGGGGAAUGGUUGGUCGAUCGGUCCGUCUAAGCGGGGCGUCCCGCUUGGACUUGUGGCGCGUCUUGCGACGCGUGACGACCUUGACUCAGCUAUGCGCGAGAUGGAGCCGCCUCUCCUGCGACCCGACAUGCCGCGCUGCCACGCCAAGGACCUCCGAGUACCCCAGACUUUCAAAGAGGCAAAGCAGAGCGAGCACAGCGAGCAGUUCAUGGAUGCGGCCAAGCGAGAGCGAAUAGACAAUUGCAUCAAGUCGAAGUUGAUUUUUGAUUGGAAGGUAGAUGCGUUCGGCUUUCCUACGAAGGCCAAGGCUAGACUUGUUGCGAGAGGAGACAUGCAGAAGGAGUACAUUGACUUUGGUGAUUUGUAUGCACCUACUGUAGCUUCAUCUAGUGUUCGUAUGUUGGCAGCUUUGGCGUGUGAGCUUGACUUGGAGUUGUGUCACUUCGAUAUCGACCAGGCUUUUGUGAGGGCCCCUCUCAAGGAAGAUAUUUUCAUGCGACUGCCGGAAGGAUGUGGUGCGUUGUCGGGGAAGAUAGUGCAGUUGAACAAGAGCCUUUAUGGCUUGAGGCAGGCAUCUAGAGAGUGGUACGCGUUACUGAAGAAGUGCCUUUUGGCUUUGGGGUUCGAGCAGUGCAUGGCUGAUUCGUGUGUUUUUCAUUUAGUCGAAGGGGGGGAAGUAGUGUUGCUUCUAGUAGUACACGUAGACGACAUUUUUGCAGUGGGGACGAAGGAGAGAUGUGAUCAAUUCGGGAAGGACCUGGGAGAGUACGUGCCGGUGAAGUCUCUGGGGGAGUUGAAGUGGUCGGUUUCGGGAGGGGUAGUGAUGUGUGCAGGAGGGGCGAUUGCAUGGUUCUCCAAGACUCAGAAGUGUGUGACUUUGUCUACCACGCAGGCUGAUUACGUGGCAAUGGCGGACAUGGGGAAGGAGAUUUUGUUAUUGAGGCAGGUUUGGCGUUUCAUGUUGCCUAAGGAGUUGCGGCCGUGCAUUCCACUGCAUGAAGAUAACGAAGGGGCUAUCCAGGUCGCAAAACACCCGAUCUCGAAUUCCAACUCGAAGCACAUCGACGUGCGGCAUCACUUCCUCAGGCAGCUCGUAGAUGAGAAGGAGGUAGAGAUCAUCCACGUAGCAUCGAAGUAUCAGCAUGCCGACUUCCUCACGAAGGCGCUGCCAGAGAGGGAGUUUGUUUCCCACCGGGACUACGUGAUGAGCUUGAAGUGA